GAGGGCGUGGCCCGGGCUGCCGCGCCGGACGACCCGGCGGGGACCGCGGCUUCCCGAGCCCGGGGCGCACCUGGCGGCGGCGCGAGCGGGCCGGACGGCGCGCUCCGGGGCCCGCGGCGGCGGCCGGAGGAUGGCGCAGCAGGCGCUCCCUUCGUCGGCGGAGACUCGGAAGUUCACGCGGGCGCUGAGCAAGCCGGGCACGGCGGCGGAGCUGCGGCAGAGCGUGUCGGAGGUGGUGCGCGGCUCGGUGCUGCUGGCAAAGCCGAAGCUCAUUGAGCCCCUGGACUACGAGAAUGUCCUCGUUCAGAAGAAGACCCAGAUCCUGAACGACUGUCUGCGGGAAAUGCUCCUCUUCCCCUACGACGACUUCCAGACAGCCAUCCUGAGGCGCCAGGGCCGGCACUCGAGAUCCACGGUCCCCGCAAACGCAGAGCAGGAGGCGCACAGCCUGUUUGUCACCGAGUGCAUCAGAACCUACAACUCCGACUGGCACCUUGUGACCUACAAGUAUGAGGACUACUCCGGGGAGUUUCGGCAGCUUCCCAGCAAAGCGGCCAGGUUGGACAAGCUCCCUGUCCACGUGUACGAAGUCGAUGAGGAAGCGGACAAGGAUGAGGAUGCCGCGUCCCUUGGGUCCCAGAAGGGCGGGCUCACCAAGCACGGCUGGCUGUACAAGGGCAACGUGAACAGCGCCAUCAGCGUGACCAUGAGGUCAUUUAAGAGGCGGUUUUUCCACCUGAUUCAACUGGGAGAUGGGUCCUAUAAUCUAAACUUUUAUAAGGAUGAGAAGAUCUCCAAGGAACCCAAAGGCUCCAUAUUCCUAGACUCCUGCAUGGGUGUGAUCCAGAACAACAGGGUGCGGCGCUUUGCGUUUGAGCUGAAGAUGCAGGACAAGAGCAGCUACCUGCUGGCCGCGGACAGUGAGGCGGAGAUGGAGGACUGGGUGGCCGUGCUCAACAAGAUCCUGCAGCUCAACUUCGAGGCCGCCGUGCAGGAGAGGCGCAACGGGGACCCUCACGACGAUGAGGAACAGAGCAAGCUGGAGGGUUCCGGUUCCGGUCUGGAUAGCUACCUGCCCGAGCUCGCCAAGAGCACCAGAGAAGCAGAAAUCAAGCUGAAAAGUGAAAGCAGAGUGAAGCUGUUUUACCUGGACCCAGAUGCCCAGAGACUCGACUUCUCGUCUGCCGAGCCAGAGGUGAAGCCGUUUGAAGAAAAGUUUGGGAAAAGGAUUCUUGUCAAGUGCAAUGAUUUGUCUUUCAAUCUGCAAUGCUGCGUCGCUGAGAACGAGGAGGGACCCACGACAAAUGUCGAGCCUUUCUUUGUCACCCUGUCCCUGUUUGACAUCAAAUACAACCGGAAGAUCUCUGCCGACUUCCACGUGGACCUGAACCACCUGUCAGUGCGGCAGAUGCUGGCUCCUGUGUCCACAGCCCUGCCGAACGGUGGCCAGAGCCCGCCUGCCUUCCCGGGUGCCCUGCUCACGGCCAUGCAGUACCCGAGACAGGGGAUAUUUUCAGUCACGUGUCCUCAUCCAGAUAUAUUUCUCGUGGCCAGAAUCGAGAAGGUUCUCCAGGGAAGCAUUGCUCACUGCGCUGAGCCGUAUAUGAAAAGCUCAGACUCCUCUAAGGUUGCUCAAAAGGUGCUGAAGAAUGCCAAGCAGGCGUGCCAAAGGCUAGGCCAGUACCGAAUGCCGUUUGCUUGGGCAGCAAGGACACUAUUUAAGGACACGUCUGGAAACCUGGACAAAAAUGCCAGAUUCUCGGCUAUCUACCGGCAGGACAGCAAUAAGCUCUCCAAUGAUGACUUGAUCAAGCUGUUGGCGGACUUCCGGAAACCCGAGAAGAUGGCCAAACUCCCAGUGAUCUUGGGCAACCUAGACAUUAUCAUUGAUAACGUUUCCUCUGACUUCCCCAAUUACCUGAAUUCAUCAUACAUUCCCAUGAGGCAGUUCGAAACCUGCAGUAAAUCUCCGAUCACUUUUGAAGUGGAGGAGUUUGUGCCCUGCAUACCCAGACACACCCAGCCUUCCACUGUCUACAGCAACCACCUCUAUGUUUACCCGAAGUUCUUGAAGUACGACAGUCAGAAGUCUUUUGCCAAGGCCAGAAAUAUUGCUAUCUGCAUUGAGUUCAAAGAUUCCGAUGAAGAAGACUCUCAACCCCUGAAGUGCAUUUACGGCAGGCCUGGCGGCCCGGCCUUCACAACGAGCGCCCUGGCGGCCGUGCUGCACCAUCAGCAGAACCCGGAGUUCUACGACGAGAUCAAGAUAGAACUGCCCACCCAGCUGCAUGAGAAGCACCACUUGCUGUUCACCUUCUUCCACGUCAGCUGCGACAACUCAGCCAAGGGAAGCACAAAAAAGAAGGACGCUGUUGAAACGCAAGUUGGCUUCUCCUGGCUUCCCCUCCUGAGAGAUGGCAGGGUGGUGACGAACGAGCAGCAUACCCCGGUCUCAGCUAACCUUCCGGCUGGCUACCUUGGCUUCCAGGAGCUCGGCAUGGGCAGGCAUUAUGGUCCAGAAAUUAAGUGGGUGGAAGGAGGCAAGCCGCUGUUGAAGGUUUCCACUCAUCUGGUCUCCACAGUGUACACUCAGGAUCAGCAUUUACACAAUUUUUUCCAGUACUGCCAGAAAACGGAAUCUGGAGCCCAAGCCUCAGGGAGUGAACUAGUGAAAUACCUUAAGAGUCUGCAUGCAAUGGAAGGCCAUGUGAUGAUUGCCUUCCUGCCAACCAUUUUAAACCAGCUGUUCCGAGUCCUUACCAGAGCCACCCAGGAGGAGGUUGCAGUCAAUGUGACUCGGGUCAUAAUUCAUGUGGUUGCCCAGUGCCAUGAGGAAGGAUUGGAGAGCCACUUGAGGUCAUAUGUUAAGUUUGCCUAUAAGGCUGAGCCAUAUGUUGCAUCCGAAUAUAAGACGGUGCACGAGGAGCUGACCAAAUCCAUGACCACCAUUCUCAAGCCUUCUGCCGACUUCCUGACGAGCAACAAGCUUCUUAAGUACUCCUGGUUUUUCUUUGAUGUGCUGAUAAAGUCCAUGGCUCAGCAUCUGAUAGAAAAUAACAAAGUGAAGCUACUGCGGAACCAGAGGUUCCCAGCCUCCUACCAUCACGCUGUGGAGACUGUGGUCAACAUGCUGACCCCACACAUCACACAGAAAUUCCGAGACAACCCAGAGGCAUCCAAGAAUGCCAACCACAGCCUGGCCGUGUUCAUCAAGAGAUGCUUCACCUUCAUGGACAGGGGCUUCGUCUUCAAGCAGAUCAACAACUACAUCAGCUGCUUCGCUCCUGGGGACCCCAAGACCCUCUUUGAAUACAAGUUCGAGUUUCUCCGAGUGGUGUGCAACCAUGAACACUAUAUUCCUUUGAACUUGCCGAUGCCAUUUGGAAAGGGCAGGAUUCAGAGAUACCAAGAUCUGCAGCUGGACUACUCCUUGACGGAUGACUUCUGCAGAAACCACUUCCUGGUGGGGCUGCUGCUGAGAGAGGUGGGCACGGCGCUGCAGGAGCUCCGGGAGGUGCGUGUCAUCGCCGUCAGCACGCUCAAGAACCUGCUCAUAAAGCACUCCUUCGACGACAGAUACGCGUCCAGGAGCCACCAGGCCAGGAUAGCCACCCUGUACCUGCCGCUGUUCGGGCUGCUCAUUGAGAACGUCCAGCGCAUCAACGUGAAGGAGGUGUCGCCCUUCCCGGGGAACCCCGGCACUGUGGUGAAGGAUGAACCCCUUGCUGUGCCAGCUGGGAACCCACUCAUGACUCCUCAGAAGGGAAACACGCUUGACAGCAGCCUGCACAAAGACCUCCUGGGCGCCAUCUCAGGCAUCGCAUCUCCGUACACAGCUUCAACCCCCAACAUCAACAGUGUGAGAAAUGCCGACUCCAGAGGUUCCCUCAUCAGCACAGACUCGGGGAACAGCCUUCCGGAAAGGAACCUGGAGAAGAGCAACUCCCUAGAGAAGCAUCAGCAGAGCGGCACGCUGGGAAAUUCCGUAGUUCGCUGUGACAAACUGGACCAGUCUGAGAUCAAGAGCUUGCUGAUGUGUUUCCUCUAUGUGUUGAAAAGCAUGUCUGAUGAUGCCCUGUUUACGUACUGGAACAAGGCUUCAACCGCUGAACUGAUGGAUUUCUUCACGAUAUCUGAAGUCUGCUUGCACCAGUUCCAGUACAUGGGGAAGCGCUACAUCGCCAGGAACCAGGAGGGGUUGGGACCCAUGGGUCAUGACCGAAAGUCUCAGACAUUGCCUGUUUCCCGUAACAGAACAGGGAUGAUGCAUGCCAGACUGCAACAGCUGGGCAGCUUGGAUAACUCUGUCGCUUUUAACCACAGCUAUGGCCACUCAGAGGCAGACGUCAUUCACCAGUCGCUCCUGGAAGCCAACAUCGCUGCUGAGGUGUGCCUUACGGCUCUGGACACGCUGUCGCUGUUCACGCUGGCUUUCAAGAACCAGCUCCUGGCCGACCAUGGGCACAACCCUCUCAUGAAGAAAGUCUUUGAUGUCUACCUGUGUUUCCUUCAAAAACACCAGUCAGAGAUGGCUUUGAAAAGUGUCUUUACCGCCUUAAGGUCGCUGAUUUACAAGUUCCCCUCCACGUUCUACGAGGGACGAGCAGACAUGUGCGCCUCCCUGUGCUACGAGGUGCUCAAGUGCUGUAACUCCAAGCUCAGCUCCAUCCGGACCGAGGCCUCGCAGCUGCUGUACUUCCUCAUGCGGAACAACUUCGACUACACGGGGAAGAAGUCCUUCGUCCGCACACACCUGCAGGUCAUCAUUUCUGUCAGCCAGCUGAUUGCAGAUGUGGUCGGUAUUGGAGGAACCAGAUUCCAGCAGUCCUUGUCCAUCAUCAACAACUGUGCCAACAGCGACCGGCUCAUCAAGCACACCAGCUUCUCCUCUGACGUGAAAGACCUGACCAAGAGGAUCCGCACGGUCCUGAUGGCCACGGCACAGAUGAAGGAGCACGAGAAGGACCCGGAGAUGCUGGUGGACCUGCAGUACAGCCUGGCCAAGUCCUACGCCAGCACACCGGAGCUCAGGAAGACGUGGCUGGACAGCAUGGCGAGGAUCCACGUUAAGAACGGCGACCUCUCGGAGGCAGCGAUGUGCUAUGUCCACGUGACAGCCUUGGUGGCAGAGUAUCUCAUGAGGAAAGGCAUGUUCAGGCAGGGCUGCACAGCAUUCAGGGUCAUCACGCCGAACAUCGACGAGGAGGCUUCCAUGAUGGAGGAUGUGGGGAUGCAGGACGUGCAUUUCAAUGAGGACGUCCUGAUGGAGCUGCUGGAGCAGUGUGCGGACGGGCUGUGGAAGGCCGAGCGCUAUGAGCUGAUCGCGGACAUCUACAAGCUCAUCAUCCCCAUCUAUGAGAAGCGGAGGGAUUUUGAGAGGCUGGCCCACCUGUACGACACGCUGCAUCGCGCCUACAGCAAAGUGACUGAGGUCAUGCACUCGGGCCGCAGGCUCCUGGGCACCUACUUCCGAGUGGCCUUCUUUGGACAGGGGUUCUUCGAAGACGAGGAUGGGAAGGAAUACAUCUACAAAGAGCCCAAGCUUACGCCUCUGUCGGAGAUUUCUCAGAGGCUCCUGAAGCUCUACUCGGACAAAUUUGGUCCUGAAAACGUCAAAAUGAUACAGGAUUCUGGCAAGGUCAACCCGAAGGACCUGGACUCCAGGUUUGCUUACAUCCAGGUGACACACGUGACCCCAUUCUUCGAUGAGAAGGAGCUGCAGGAGAGGAAGACAGACUUCGAGCGGUGCCACAAUAUCCGGCGCUUCGUGUUUGAGAUGCCCUUCACGCAGGCGGGCAAGAGGCAGGGCGGCGUGGAGGAGCAGUGCAAGCGGCGCACGGUCCUGACGGCGAUACACUGCUUCCCCUACGUGAAGAAGCGGAUCCCGGUCAUGUACCAGCACCACACUGACCUGAACCCUAUCGAGGUGGCCAUCGACGAGAUGAGCAAGAAGGUGGCCGAGCUCCGCCAGCUGUGCUCCUGCGGCGAAGUGGACAUGAUCAAGCUGCAGCUCAAACUGCAGGGCAGCGUGAGCGUCCAGGUCAACGCUGGCCCCCUAGCUUACGCCCGAGCUUUCCUCGAUGUCAGCAACACAAAAAGAUACCCGGACAAUAAGGUGAAGCUGCUCAAGGAAGUUUUCAGGCAAUUUGUUGAAGCGUGUGGCCAGGCUUUGGCAGUGAAUGAGCGUCUGAUCAAGGAGGACCAGCUGGAGUAUCAGGAGGAGAUGAAGGCCAACUACAGGGAGAUGGCCAAGGAGCUCUCUGACAUCAUGCGUGAGCAGAUCUGCCCCCUGGAGGAGAAGACCAGCGUCCUCCCAAACUCCCUGCACAUCUUCAACGCCAUCAGCGGGACACCCACCAGCACGGUGGUUCAGGGGUUGACGAGCUCGUCCUCAGUCGUGUGAUUUACCUCAGGAACCAGUGUGGGGACAUGUUUUGUCACGUGCAAACUCAGGAUGACUUCCGGAGCCAAUCACUGGUGUGGCGAGCGAGGAAGAAGCCAUGCAGAGUGGGAGAGAGGAGCCUGGACUGCAAUAUUGAGGAGCGGGUCUUGUAGGAGCGGGGGAAGGCGCACAUGUUUUUUUUAAGUCUCACUGGCAAUAUUUAGUUUUCCUUGUGUCUUAACAGGUCUGUGUGGACACUCUUAAGCUGCAGUUUAGUUUUAUUCUUCUUAGAGUAUUAUAUUAAGGCAGAUGACCUAAUGGAAAGUGUCUGGGAUGCCUGUGGCAGCUGCAGCAGCACUGAAACAGGCUGGGGACUAAGCUGGAAAUAUCUUGAAAAUAUUUUUUUCCUGUGGCAUAUAUUGGAUGAGUACAGAACUAUUUUUGUGUCUAGUUUUUGACGACUGAGAGGAUUCACUAUUGUAAUUUUUGUACUUAUGAGACACUGAGGAGAUGUGCGCCUCUGUGUCCUCAAAGCAUGAUCCUGCAGGUGGGCCGGAGCCAGGGAGCUCACAGGGCCGCAGGCCUGGGCCCACAGGCUCGUGUCAGACCAGCGCCGUCGGUUAACGCAGCCUCCUCCCUGUGCUCACACACACUCCAUUUCCCCACUUGCAGUCCAUCGGCUUCCAUGCUGUUUAUUUGUGGCCAGUUUGUGCUGUGCUCAGUGUGUGCAAGUACAUUCGACUUCACUGUUUUAUUCCUGUACAUAAGAAGUGCAAUAUGGAGAUGUAUACAGUCUUUGCUAUAUGAGGUUUAUAAACUGUUUAAAAGAUUUUUCCUCCUUUUGCCAAAAUGGUAGACUAUGUGAUUGGUAAACCCAAAGUCCUAUAGUGAGUGGGGAGAUAAUUUAAAGUUUUCACCAUGUUAUAUUUUCUUUUAAGACUUUAAUUUAGUAAUUUUAUAUUUGGGAAAAUAAAAGUUUUUAAUUUAACUGGAAUCACUGCCCCGCUGUAAUUAAAUAUUCUGUACAUCAGCUGUAUUAAAAAUAACAUGGCUGGUUUUCUGGUAA